AUGAACUUUUUAAGAGGACAUGCCCAACUGAAUUCAGGUCCUUUGAGUAAAAAAAAAAAAGAAAAAAAAAUCCUCUGCUGCACAUUUUGUUUUAAGUGUUACUGUUUCUGCCUACUAAUCUUGGAAACACAAAUAGUGCAAUUGGAGAAUCUUGCCUUUUUUCUUGGCUCCCCCCAAAAUACAAACCAACAGAAACUUUUUAUGCACUCAUCAAAAUGCACUAAUGGGUACUCUGAACUCAUUAACAUUGACAUCUGCAACAGGAGGCAACAGGGGAGAAAAAUCUUUCAUCCUUUUUUCCAGUAG